AUGAACACAAGAUCAUAUUAUGGAAUUUGUUUAGUCUUGAUUGUUAUUUUAUUCGUUAUACUUGAUGGAUCAUAUUUAAUUGAAAAAUGGCUGCAAAAACAUGAUGAUUCUGAAAACUAUACCAAUUUGCUCGAAUUUUGCAGGGUUUUCAGGAAUUUAUUGACUGGAUUUAUAAUAUUUGCCACAAAUUAUGUAAUUCAGUUCUUGAAUCAGUUAUUCCACCAUAAAAAUAAUGCUUUUGCAACUAUAGAAAAGUCCAGUUUUGAGUCAUUCUAUUUCCCCAUUUUGGAAUUAGUUUCUGUUAUCAUAGCAUUAUGGAUGAGAAAGAGGGAAGACUCAAAGUAUGCAAUACGCAACCAACUUGAUAUAUGCUUGAUCACGAUUGGUUACCUUUUACCGUCGCUAGAUAUUUAUUAUUAUAAUCCUACACAUUAUUAUGAGAUAUAUAAAGUAUUUGUGAAAUAUUUUAGAUUAUGGGAAGCUGAAAGAAUUACUAAAAAUCAGCAGAACGUCGAUGAAGCAUAUGACGCACAAACGAUAUGGAAUGAAUUUAAAAAGAUUCAAGCAGUUGAGUCAUCAGAUUUAUUUUCGAAAGAUGAGGAAAAUAAGCCCUAUGACCAAUUGCAAAUGCCGUACUUCGUCAAACAAGAUCAAAUCGAUGUUAAUAGUCACCUUGCUGAAGGAAGUGUUAGUAUAAAUUACCAUUUACCAAAUGAGUUCAAAGUAAGUGAAGAUUGUAAAGAAAGAAUAAUUCACAUUAAACCUUCUUCUCAAAUCUUAAAAGACUCCUGUACCGCAAAAUUGAAUAGAUCGAAUGUAUUAGACAAAUUAUAUUCUGUUUCACCGAAGAAUAGCUUCCAUUUGAAUACAGCAAUAGCAAUGGCAUUCAAUGCAAUUGAGGAGGAAGAGGCAAAUCGAGUUGAAACCGAACUGUCACCAAAAUUUACAAGCAGUCAGAACAUUGAUGAUUUUUUACCUGAUAUCGCAGAAGUUUAUGAAAAUAUUGAUGAAGAAAGUAAUCAUUUGAAUAAGAAUAGUAACAUUGCUUGCCUUCAGAAUAAGAACAAUGCUAAUUACACUCACCCCAACAACACCGAAUCGAGUAUAUUCGAAUCCAAUGAACACAGUUCUAAAUUACAAAUCAUAAUCAAGUUUAUAAAUUGGUGGUCGUGGUUAUGCACACCAUUGUUACCAGUUGGUGACCAUGCAACUAAGCCGAGACUAUCACAUACUGGGAAUAACGCGUUAGUAAAUGAAAGAUUUCCUUUGCUUAAAACAAAACUAUCAUACUACAGUUUAAACGAGGUACCGACAUUCAGCGAUACAGGUUAUCACAAAUCAUCUCAAAGUGAUUCAAAAUCAAUAAAAAUCUCAUACGAUUUUCAAACUUACGUGUCUUAUUACUACGAUUUAACUUUCAAUUCAAUGAUGAGUUCAAUUCCAGUGGAUAAUUGGUUUUUAAAGUAUGGCCAAAUUUUAAUCAAAACAAAUUGGUAUUGGAUUUUGAUAGAUCAAAUUAAUUAUAUUUCUAAGCAAUUUUUUGAAUUUGAAAUUAUUGGAUUAUUGAUUUUACAUCAACAUUACAUUUUCUUAAUCAUUAAUUCUACAAUUAUUUUAGUUUUAAAAUUAUUUUGCUUGAAUUAUCUUCAUUCUUAUUCAAAGGGAUUGGAUUACCGAAUAAUCAUGAUAAGUGAAUUAUUCAUUAAUUUAAUUUUACUAGUCAAUUUAAUUCUAUUAAGUAUAUUUUUCAAUAAAUAG